GGUGCCCGGUGCCCGGGGACGGUGCAGGGAGUAGCCGGCGGUCGGUGCCCGGUGCCCGGGGACGGUGCAGGGAGUAGCCGGCGGUCGGUGCCCGGUGCCCGGGGACGGUGCAGGGAGUAGCCGGCGGUCGGUGCCCGGGGACGGUGCAGGGAGUAGCCGGCGGUCGGUGCCCGGGGACGCUGCAGGGAGUAGCCGGCGGUCGGUGCCUGGUGCCCGGGGACGCUGCAGGGAGUAGCCGGCGGUCGGUGCCCGGUGCCCGGGGACGCUGCAGUCUGGAGUCCCGGAGCUGUUCUCCAGCCUGUGUCCGCCUGGCCAUGGAGCAGGGGAAUUUCUAUGAGUCGGAGCCGCGGAUUUCGGCUCCCGGUCCCGGUCCGGGGCUGUGUUACCGGGGCUCGGAGCUCGGGGAGAUGGCGGAACAUGAGAACUCCAUCGACAUCAGCGCGUACAUCGACCCCGCCGCCUUUAACGACGAGUUCCUGGCGGAUCUGUUCAGCCAGCACGGCAAGGGGCCGCGGCCAUUCGGCAGUGGGAGAGCAGCGCCGCCCUUCAGCCCGUUGCAGGGCUACCUGGACGGUAAAGGCGAGGGGCUGAAUGGCCUGAGGCCGGUGGUAGUGAAGCAGGAGCCCCGGGAGCAGGAGGAGCCGCUACGACUGAGGGCAGCCCCGGGCGCUGCCCCCUUCGCUCUGCAACAACAAGUGGCUCAGUGCGGCCAGACCUCGGUCCAACUGGCCCCUGGGCAACCCACCCCCCCGGCUACUCCCCAGGGGAGCCCCGGCAGGCACGCCCUGGCCAAAGGCAAGAAGCUGGUGGAUAAAUCCAGCCUGGAAUACCGCCUGAGGAGGGAGAGGAACAACAUUGCGGUCAGGAAGAGCCGGGAUAAAGCAAAACUCCGGAAUGUGGAGACCCAGCACCGGGUGAUGGAGCUCAGCACCGACAACGAGAGACUCCGAAAGCGGGUGGAGUAUCUCAGCCGGGAACUGGAGACCCUCCGGGGGCUCUUCAGGCAACUACCAGAGGACUCCCUGGUCAAGGCGAUGGGUAGCUGUGCGUGAGGGGGUGCGGACUCUCUCUCUCUCUCCCCCUCACACUCACUCACUGUGAGGGACUGGGACUCCCAGGGAACACACUCACUCCGACAUCCAGAGACUCUCAAACUGCGGGAGCCAGCAACACACACCCACACACACACACACACACAUUGUGUGUGAGAGAGAGAGGGGUCUGAGACACCGACACACUGAGAGACUCUGA